AUGGCAAAUGCUGACAAGGAUGUGAACAAAAGGAAACCUGUAUACACUGCUAGUGCCUGUGAAGAUUGUGUCACCACCCCUGCUGGAUCCACUGCUGGUGAUCGAUCUGGUGAAGCCUUCUUGGUGCCUGUGCCAACUGUGCCUCAGUAUUCUCGCUGCCCUCCAUGGCCGCUUCAUUUCCAGAUUCAACAGAAUUCCCAGCACGAGUGUGACAUUGCCGUCAACACUCAGAUCCAGUUACAGGUGUACGCCUCCAACAUCUACCUGUCCACGGCUUCGUACAGCAAUCAAGAUGAAGUGGCCCUGGCAUACUUUGCGUACUUCUUCCUGAACGAGUCAGAAAAGUGGAUCAAGCUCACAGAGAUGCUAUGUUUACUUUUGACCCAGCACCGUGGCUGCCUCUCCCCUGGGAGAGCUACCAAUCAAUACCACCAUGAUUGGUGAUGAUGGGGGUUCGAUGCUAUGGCAAUGGAAUGCGCUUUACACCUGGAGAAGACCCUCAACCAGAGCCUCCUCGACCUGUACCAGAUGGCCACCAACAAAGGCGAUAUUUACCUGUGCUUCUAUCUGAAAAGCCAUUUCCUGCCCCAGCAGGUCGAAUUUCUGCGAGAGUUAGGUGGCUAUGUGAUCAACCUGCGCCAGCUGGGGGCUCCAGGAAAGAGCAUGGCUCUCGACAUCUUUGACAAGCUCACCUUAGCAGAAAUCGACAAGAAGAAAUGA